CUGAACCAAAUUUUGAAAAGCAGGAGAAGCGGACCGACAUUUUUUAGAAAGUCAGACAAUCAAACUACUAUUAUUCGUUUUUUAAGUUUUGAAGAAAAGUAUUUUGUAGUAUUUUUGAAGAAAAGUAUUUUGUUAUCAAGAAUUAUUUAGGGGCUAUUUCACAAUGGCAAAUGUAGCAGACUUUUACAACAAGAACGGAUACUUUCCUGAGAUAACGGUUUUGUCAGCAGACGAAGUGGCCGAUUUACAGACAAAAUUCGGAGAGCUAGAAGAAAAUUCAGGUAAAGAGGACGCCCAGUUCUCUCUCCACAAUGUCCAUCUGAAGCAUCCGUGGCUGAUGGACAUCGUCUCGCAUCCAAAACUGCUCCACCCAGUCCGGCAGAUCCUGGGACAGAACAUCGUCCUCCUCGACUCCCGGUUCUUCUGUAAAUAUCCGGAAACAGAAUUGUCCAAGCCCAACGGAUCUCCGUUUGUCGCGUGGCAUCAGGACAUCAGAUACUGGGGAGUGGAGGGUGAAGUGGUCACCGCCUGGCUAGCCGUGGAUGACGCUGAUUCGGAGAACGGAUGCAUGUGCGUCAUACCUGGCACGCAUACUUUGGGAAUACUUCAGCACAAGACUGCUGAGGAGGAAGGUAAUCUGUUGUCAUCCAACCAAUCCAUUCCAACCCACCUGUUUGACGUCACGAAGUCUACUCCCUGUCCGGUCAACGCAGGACAAAUGUCUCUUCAUUCCGGCCUCCUUGUACACGGAAGUGACCCCAACAGAUCUACUCGCAGGCGUUGUGGCUACGUCGUAAGAUACGUUUCCACAGAUGCUAAGCCAAUCCAAGACCCUGACAGACCAAGAUCAUUCCCAGCAACCGUUGUAGUAAGCGGCGUUGAUGAACACAAACAUUUUGAGGACCACAGCCCUCCGUGGUUCUCCAUUCAGGCUGUCACUUCGUGAAAUAUUUAAAGAACUGUAUUUCGCUUGUUGUGAUGCUGAACGCCAUGUUUAUAUUUUUGAGGGUUUAACUCCCGCUAUAUUUUGGUGAAUUAAUAACAUUAUCUAUUCAGUUACUUUUAGUAUGUUUGCUUAAAAGGUGUUGUGUUGGAGAAGAGGGCGUAUUUCCAAUGAAGUAAUCCUUUACAAUGUGUGCAUGUAUACCUGCGAAUGACAAUCAACGUUUAUAUUCCAGGGGUAACAAAAGUGACGAGGGGUAUUUUACAUUGUGUAUUGUCUGCUACAACUAAUAUUGCUUAAAUUGUUACCGAUUUUUGAUCACACAUUUGUUGUUAUUGUAUUUAUUAAAACACUUUUUUUUUAUUAUAAAACCGCUUUUGUGAUUACUCAGAUUCUAUAGUACUAUGAUAUUAUCUCGUGGUAGUAAGAAGUCUAAACAAUACUAAAAUUGACAUGGACUUAUUUCUCCCAAUCGAUGAAACUAAGGGAAAUAUAUAUAUCUAUAUAUUUAAGAGAACCUUUGUGAAGUAACUGAACAAUAUGACGAUGUAGAAUAAUGUUGAAGAGUUAGCGACUUUUGGUCUGUCGCCGAUAUCCGCGUGUCGUCAAGUAGUGUUUUAAAACCUAAGUAGUAAGGGACAUCUUAAACAUUGCCAUUCAUAUCGCUCAACGUAACAGAAAAUCUCAUAAUGAUAAAAUGAUGGCUAAAUCAUGAACCAACGACCUGCAUCUCUCGAAAACAAGUUUUUGCGAAUAUGAAUCGACAGGUUUUUAACUGCAUUGUCAUCUUUGAUACUUUUUGUGAUUUUUCAAGGGUCUCCUUGAUAUUUUUAUUUAUGUUCAUAUUCAUUGUUCUUAUUUUGCCCUACUUUUAACUGUUUAAGUUCUUGUUACGAUUUUAUUAAUACUUUUCUUGGUAUCACUCUUCCCGAUGCCGACCUAUUGUGGAUACUAAUUCCGAUAUAUCUACCAUAUUUCUUCCUUGAAUGAGAAUAACAAGAGUUGCGCGAAUUGCUUUCAUUUAAUUUACCUAUAGAAUUUAACCUUAAAUAUACCUCAGUUAUAGCAAUACAUUUCCCUGUGUUGAUGGAGGUCACGUGUCACUGUUAUAUAUUAUUAUAUGUCUAUUUUAAUAAUUGAUGAUUAUAGAUGCUUCCCGUUCAACAAUCAAUAAACUACCUAAUAACAUGGGAAUCCUUCCAGAGAUACAUUAAUUUGCAUUGAAUGUUACCUGUUUGCACUGCUUGAGCAGUGUUAGCCAUUUAUAUAUAAUUAUUAUGUGAUCAACAUUUUUUUUUCGUUUGACGAUUAACGCCAUGGAAUAUUAACACGUAAUGAAGGAGACCUUUACUAGUCUGCAUUCCUAGUUUUGUCUAGGUAUAGUUUAGUGGUUUAUGCUGCGUUUCCUUUUGUUUUGGUAUAUCCUGAGUUCCCGUGAUUGUCUUUUGUGUAGUAUUUGAGUUCAGAUUUUGCCUUUCAGUACGUAUGAAAUGAGGUGGGGUUUUUUGUAGACAUUCAGAAAACAUUCAGAAAACAAUUCCAGCAGGUGGAAUGAUAAAUUGUAUACAAGUUUGCACAUAUUAAUAUAUUACUUGCCAAUAUUUCCAUGAGUUUGCGUGUCAAAGUCUCAGUUGUUAAAACGUAAUAGAAAGUAGCAUCGCAAGAAAUGAAUAAUCACAUCACUUAUACAUAAGGACCACAUCCAAAUUCAAAGCCGAUUAAAAAAAAAUGAACAACAGGUACUGAAGAGACACCAAAAAGAAAAGGAAAACAGCUGGAACACUGUCAAAAACGAAGGCCAAACAAGGAAGACAAACUAUAGCACGCUAAGUCGAAUCUAUAUUCAAUUUUGUUAUGUAUAGGGAAUACCUGAACACUUCUGUCAUCGAUUUGUGUGAUGGGUUGAUUGAUAACAGCUGAUAAAGUUUUGUCAUAAACAUCUGCUGUAAAAAAUAAAUAAAAGAUUUUGAAAUA